AUGAAGCUGGCAUACCUGUUCCUUGGUGCCACAGCCCUCCUGCUCCUGUGUGGCUGUGGCUCUGUCCUCAGCACCUCCAGUGGGGACCUGCGUACCUUUGUGGGCUGUGCUGUGAGGGAGUUUACUUUCCUGGCCAAGAAGCCGGGCUGCAGGGGCCUUCGGAUCACCACGGAUGCCUGCUGGGGUCGCUGUGAGACCUGGGAGAAACCCAUUCUGGAACCCCCCUACAUUGAAGCCUAUCAUCGCGUCUGUACCUACAACGAGACCAAGCAGGUGACCGUCAAGCUGCCUAACUGUGCCCCUGGAGUUGACCCCUUCUACACCUACCCUGUGGCCGUCCGCUGUGACUGCGGGGCCUGCUCCACUGCCACCACGGAGUGUGAGACCAUCUGAAGCUACGAGGUCUGCAGGAUGCAGCUGGUGGCCUCAAGCCUCACAGACCUACCUGCAUGGGUGACAUAGGCAGCUCUCCCCCUGGCUUCCCAAGGACUGUUUAAUCUGACCAUACCUGUGGUUACCUGUCUCCCUUAGCUUAGGCACAAGGCCUGGAUGCAGUAUACUUACAUUGAAAAUGCAAAACAAUAUUUGUUCCUUUACCAGAAUUAAUUUCUCUAGUUCAUAUACCUACAAAUAACUGAGAUGGGAAGUUUUUCUUUGCCUUGAGUCUUGCAACAUAGUUUGUAUAUCACAAUCAUCUUCUGAUUUGGGCCGAUAACAUGCCAUUGACUUAAAUGCAUUGGACAGAAUUGGGAAAUGGGGCUGUAAAGUCUUUUAAAAGUCUUAUGUUCUGUUUAACCACUGACCUUUGACUAGAUUUAGGAAGAAAGGGCUAGAAGUUUAUCAAAACCAAUGCACUCACUAAUCUUCAUUAUCCAAAAAGAAACCCAACUUCAAGUUUCCUUAGAGAAAACUGUUCCAAUUCCUUUUUAAAUGAGCGAUUAUCCACCCAGGAAACAGACUGCUCAGAUUGAUAAAUAGCAGGGAAUUGAUCAAGAGAAGAGCUCAAAGAAGGUUGGAUUUGGCUUAUUCUUUUCCCCAGCAACAUUCCUUAAGUUCCCCUAUAAGAUCCUUACUAUAAAGAGCCUACUUUGUGAUUUAAAAAAAUAUAUAGAAAAAUAUGUAGCUAGAAGCUAUCAUUUAGGUAUAAAAACUUCUGAAACUCAUGUUUUUGGAUGUGAUAUUCUCCCAAAGCGGUGGUGAAAUGGUCAUUUACAAAAAUUCUUCCUUCCUUAGCACAUUUUAAAUUUAAAUUGUAACUUAUUAAAUUCAGAAAUCUUACAUUUGUAGGGGUAAAACUGCACUGUAGGCUCAGAGGAAAAAGGUCUGUGAUUGUCUAGCUCUUGCCUUCACCAAAAUCUUAAAGCAGCUGGUUCUGUGACUUUUCUUAAACUCCAAUUUUAUUCAAAUAUCUUUCAUUCUGUCAUUUUGGGGGUUGAAUUUAACCUUGUUCACUUUUCAUAAUAUGCUGAGAAAAUCGAUAUUAAUGUCAAUAAAGUGCAU